GAAUUCCUCAUGGCUACGGAGCCAGAUAGCUAAAGGUUCUAUGGCUAGAUUAAAAAUUAAGGGAGACAGGGGACAUCCCUGUCGUGUCCCACGCUGGAGAGAGAAAAAGGGAGAGCGUACACCAUUAGUAUGUACAGAUGCCAUAGGGGAGGAGUAAAGAAGUCGAAUCCAGGCAAUAAAAUUAGGGUCGAACCCAAACUUUUCCAAAGUAAAAAACAAAUAACCCCAUUCCACCUUAUCAAAGGCCUUCUCAGCAUCUAGAGACACAAUCAUUUUAGGUGAAUCAGAUGGGCAGGAAAACAGAAUGUUGAGAAGCCUCCUCGUGUUAAAAAAAUGAGUGUCUUCCUGGGGUGAAGCCUGUCUGGUCAUGAGAAAUUAAAGAUGGCAAUACACGUUCAAGGCGGAAACUUAAAACUUUAGCCAGAAUUUUAAAAUCAAAAAUUUCAAAAGUGAUAUUGGUCUGUAACUACCGCAGGAGGUAGGAUCUUUAUCCUUCUUAAGAAGCAAAGAAAUAGAAGCCUCAGAUAAAGUAGGAGGAAGGCACCCCUCUUUAAAAGAAUAAUUGAAAAGCUUUGUUAAAAUAGGAACUAAAAGGGGAGCAAAAGCUUUAUAAAACUCAACAGUAAAGCCAUCAGGGCCAGGAGAUUUUCCCAGUUUCAUGGAAUUAAUCGCUACCUGUAUCUCUGAUUCUCAGAAUAACUUCUAAAGUGGAAAAAAAUAAUUAGGGUCAUCACUAUUUGGAGCAAAUGUAUUGGCCAAAAUGUACAGUCUCCCCUGCAACUCUGCCAAUAUGACUAUGAUCCUUCCCUCCUUGUCACAUUUCUCCUUUAUACAUUUAAACUGAAGGUUUUUAUUCACCAGACUGAUCACAGCCCUACUCUGACUCAAGCCAAUGCUGUAAAAAACAUGACCAACCCAGUCUUUACAUAGUUUCUGUGACUCUUGUUCAGGUGAGUGGGUUUCUUGUAGAAAAACAAUAUCACGUUUUCUAGACCUGAGACUGAUAAGCACCUUUUUCUUUUUAAUAGGAUUCCCCAAACCUUUAACAUUCCAUGUGGCGAGACGUAAAUUACAACUAUUUUGGACUGACUUGGCCAAUUAGAUAAGUUAGUAGUUAUCUUAGGAAACCCAACAUGAAGAUGCAAACAGAACACAUUCAACCCCCAAACAAAAAACAUUAAGAACAGAAGGUAAAAAACAAAACAAAAAACAAAUCCAUUGAUAAUUCUAUAAUCUUUCCAUCUUCUCAGGUUAAGAGUCUGGGUGUCGUCCUUGAUAGUACUUUGUCCUUUGAAACGCAUGCAAACAAUAUUACUUGGUCUGCACAUUUACUGUAAAGGUGUAGUCCAGGGUCCUCUGGUUAUCUUAAUGCACCACUGUCCACGCCAUCAGGUGCACCCUUACCAUGGGCUUUCUCAGAGAAAUUCCAGGUCACCCCCUUGAACCCCAAAAUAAAGGGCAGUUUGGUCAGGAGAUCAAAGUUGUGUUUAUUCCUAUACUGGGUAACAGGCCCAUCAUUCAUGAAGUGGAUGGUUGUAAGAGUGGGCUUCUUCUCCUUCAAUGUCUUUAAAUUUGGCUCAAUGUGUGCCCACACUGCUCUUUCAUCAUGAUCUAGGCUGUCUGAGAUUGUGGCUUAUGAUUGGCUCCCUUCUGAAUUAGAUUAUAUUUUAAGGUUUUUUAAAACAACAUGAGAACUUAAUGAACUCAGUAACAAGUAAAAAGAAUUUUAGAAUGAUAAAGUAGUCAUUAUUAAACUUCAAAUGUAUAAAUAUUCCCAUUGUUCAUUAUUUACUGCAGUCAUGGCAUCAAAACCCAUUGAAGUGGCAGCUCUGGGAAGACCUCUGUAUCCUGGUAUGCUGUAUGACUGCCGCAGUGAUACCUUCAUUCCGGGUGUUACUCUAUGGGAUAAGAAGUCACUGAGCGAAGAUUUGGACAGUCAUCCACAGCCUAUGACAGAUUUGACAUUCAGUAGCUCUGACUCUCUCUCUGAUAAGUCCAGUCUCCUGGAUGUAAGUGCUUCCCUGAAGGCCAGCUUCUUGGGAGGGCUGGUGAAGGUGGGAGGAUCUGCCAAGUUUCUGAGUGACAUCAAAUCCUCAAACAAACAGUCCAGAGUUACAAUGAAUUACAGUGAAACCACCAGAUUUGACCAGCUCACCAUGACCCAUCUGGGCUCAGCUCAGAUCACCCAUCCUGAGGUGUUUGACCAGAAAACUGCAACUCAUGUGGUCACGGGUGUACUGUACGGAGCUCAGGCCAUCAUGGUGUUUGAUCGGACAUUUUCAGAAGAGGAAAACAAGCAGAAGAUUGAGGGAGAGCUGAAUGUCAUGGUCAAGAAUAUUCCUCAAUUUUCUAUUGAGGGAGAAGGAGCUAUAAAUAUGACAGAUGGUGACAAGAAAGUAGCUGAGAGCAUCUCCUGCAAAUUUUAUGGUGACGUCCGCCUUGAUCAGAACCCCACCACAUACAAAGAGGCCCUGGAGGUGUACAAGAAGCUCCCGACUAUCCUGAAGGAGAAUCCACAGAAUGCUGUUCCAAUAAAAGUCUGGCUCUAUCCUCUUUCUCUACUGGAUACAAAAGCAGCUAAGUUGAUGAGAGAAAUCACCACACAUCUGGUUUCCAACACUGAAGAUAUAAUAGAGGGGCUGUUAGAGGCAGAGAGGACAUGCAACGAUCUCUCCAAUAACACACUGGUAAAUGUUUUCAGAGACAUCAAAGAGAGACUCAGUUCAUUUCAGGGCUCUCUUAAAAUUUACAAAAUGAUGUUCCUGAAAGCAGUCGUCAAGGUCUUGCCUGCUAUACGAGGAGGAGAGACGGAGGAAAAGUCACUGGAAGACAUCCUGAAUAUCCACUACAGCUCCCCUUUCAAUGCUGACAUGCUUAACCAGUGGUUAAAUCAUGCAAAAUCUGAACUUGACCUCUUAAGUUCUCACACCAUAAUGCUGGAGGGAAUCACCACUGAUGACUCUGAUCGUCUUAACACCAUCCUGAUUAAUCCUGAUAUUGAUGUUGUGGUGUGCCUUACCUUCACAUCUCUGAAGUAUGAAGGCCAGUAUCUUUCAUCCCUGAAGAAGUUUCUGGAAUCUGAUGCAUUUAAAGAGCUAGAUGGGGAACAAAACAUAGUUUCUGUGGCAUCUGUCAGAAAGUGGUUGAAUGAUCCUGAUGUCAUCUCAAAGAUGAGAGAGAACUUAUCUCUUUUCAGAAGUUUUUCAGAGGCUAACAAAGAUGAUAAGAGAUACAGAUUCAUUAUUUCUGCCAUCUCCGAUCCAUCCAGUCCAGGCUCCUCCAUCUAUCUGUAUGAAAAAGGGAAGUUGACAGACACACAGUUCCAGCCCGUGUCGAAGCCUCCCCCACCAGAAGUGAAGGAGGUCCUGGGGCACAGUGUGUCCCUGAAACUGCAGAAGUCCCCGACUGGAGAAACUGUGCAGUACAGAGUGGAGUAUAAGCAGGUGAAAGAGGAACAGUGGCUUGUCAUAAACACACCUGAUGAAGACUUUACUCUGACUGGAUUGGAGUUUGGACAGCAGUACCGGAUCUGCUACAGGAUUGUGGGUAAAGUGGGAAUGAGUGAAGCCAGUGACACUAUCAGCCCCAUACUGCCUUCAGAAGCUGAUCCCAAGACCAGGAACGACUUCCUUCAGUAUUCCCAUCGGAUCACUCUGGAUCUGAAUACAGUGGAUAAACUCCUCCGUCUGUCUGAGAGGAACACAGUGAUUACUGACACUGACACACCACAGUCGUAUCCUGAUCAUCCAGACAGAUUUGAUGGUCCUCAGGUGUUGUGUAGAGAGAGUGUGUGUGAUCGACGCUGUUACUGGGAGAUUGAGUGCAGUGGACGUGUGUCUAUAUCAGUGUCAUAUAAGAGCAUCAGCAGGAAGGGAGGGGGUGUAGAGUGUGAGUUUGGAUCUAAUGAUCAGUCCUGGAGUUUGAUCUGCUAUCCUGACAGUUACACAUUCAGACACAAUAAGAUAGAGACUGAUCUCCCUGUAGAGCCCAACAUCAGUACAGUAGAAGAGAAUGGGUAUCACUAUAGAGUAGGAGUGAAUGAUGAUGAUGAUGAUGAGGAGGAGGAGGAGAAUCACUAUAGAGUAGGAGUGUAUGUGGAUCACAGUGCAGGAACUCUGUCCUUCUACAGCGUCUCUGGAGACACGAUGAUCCUCAUCCACACAGUCCAGACCACAUUCACUCAACCGCUCUAUCCUGGGUUUGGGCUAUGUUAUGGAUCAGUGAAACUGUGUUGAUGAAUCAGAACAGAGAGACUCUACCCAUAAUGCUUUGAGCUCAUGAUGAAUCAGUGGCUGUGUCUGAAACCGCCUACUCAAUGAGUUAAUUAAUUUCAAUAAGUACUUACUUAACAAGCGCUAAAAGAGUAGGUACUUAGCCAAAUCUCGUAGAGUAUGAAUGAGAUCCAAAUAUAAUCCGCCAUGUUGACGUUAUCAGUGACAGGUUUAAUUAUGUAAAUAUCUUUUUCUCUACUGUAUUGAUUAAACUUCUUGUUGAAGAAACAGCUGCCAGUAAUUUUGUGAUUGUAGUUCGACUAAUAUAUUUUGGGUUAAUUUGAGUUCUCAGCAGGUGACUCCGCGCCGGAUCCGUUUUCAAACCGGCAAAUCCGCGUUACAGUCACCUCCGUUUCACUGCUCUAAUACGGAUCCGGCCCGGUCCCGGGUUCAGUGGGCGGGAACAACAGUCGCAAAGCAGAUUCGGCCCGUAUCCGUGGAAACGAGCGCGUGAAUCUUUUUCUGGAGUUUAGAAGAGGAGGCGAGACAGGACUAACUGCAGAACCGCAGAUCCGUACGCCAUGACAGUCUGAGGACGACAGCGCCAGACCAACAGCCUGAGGGCGGAAGUGGGCGGAAACAAUCUAACUGAAAUGAUAGAUAGAUACUCGCAUUGUGUUAAUAGCUUAAUCAUAUACACACAAACACAUAAGUUACGAGAUAUAUAUAGCCUUUGUUUUAUGUCUUAAAUAAUUAACUGAAUAUAAAUUGAACACAAAGCCUAAACACUAAAAAUGAUAAACAUUUAUUAAUUUGUCAUAAAAUGUAUAUUUUACUCAGGUAUUUCAGAAUGAACCAUUGUUUUUCAUGAUAUAUAAUACGCAUUACACGGUUGUACACUAGAUUGCAUGAAUUAAGCAAAUUCAGAUCCAUCAAACCCAAAAACAAAACACAAAAGUUAUUUAAUUGUAAUAAAAUGUACUUUUCCCCAUAAGUAGCAAAAGCAUUAUAUAGCUACUAGCUGUGCUUUGCUCUAAAAAAUUACAAAAUCAGACCAAAGUGAGUGUAAAUUGAACAGCAGGUACAUGAUGACAAAUUAAAUCUUAAAAAAAAAUCAAAUCUCCAUAAACAUGCGAUUAAUUAACAAGACUGUUCUUGUCCAGAAACUCAUUAAGAAAAAUGUCCAUAUCAUCCUUAAUUUGUAAGCGAAACACUAAAGGCUCUUUGGCCAGUUGUGUGUCAUCAUCCGUUUCAGCCUGUGAAAGUUGAAGAAGGGCUUUUCCUGGUCUUCCUCUUUCAAUAUCAGAAAGCAAAGCUCUUCUUCUUUCUCUUUGUUCAGUUUUAAUUUUUUUUAAAAAAGGCAAGCAAUUCACAUGUCUUUUCACACUGCACUUCCACUGUCCUGGAGUGAUUCUGCUUGUCAAUUUACUGCAUUGCAAAAUCAAGACAGAAAAACUUUAAUAUGUAACCAUAACAAUUGCAUAAAAGAGACAAGUUUUGUUGUUCUAAAGUCAAAAUUACUACUUACUGAAUAGCAAAAACAACAUUUUAAAUCCAGAAUACAAAAGAAACGUCCAUACCUCCAUGAACAACAGCCUUUCUGAAGUGAAUUUGAAGGUGUUCACUCGACCUGUGCCGUCUGGUUGGUUUAAGAGCACUGGACAGUGGAAACUGUUGCAGCACGUUUUGCAUCGCAGUAAAUGAAGUAAAGCGGAGCAUCUCCCAACAUUAACAUGCCUCUAAACACUGAUCAGUAUUGUUAAAUGUGACCAAUGAAAUAAAAUACAGCACCAACAACAAGUAAAAUCACAAACCAUGAAUAUGUAACCUGUGACACUGUCACACAAAAUGCAUGUUUUACCGCUCUAUUUACAAUGAUUUUAUGUAUAAUGGAGUUUUAAUUGGUUUACAUGUGCUUUAGUCCAUUUUAUUCCUCUUAACAUUUUAAGUGUGUAUGUCUUUAAGAGAUGAAUGGUUGGCCUGUCAUGUGACCAGUCACAUGACAGGAAGCAGGAAAAAUAUCUGUAUAAAGAGAGCAGCAAACAGAGACUCACUAACAGUCAUCUUAACUGGAUUGUGGAGUUACCAUUUGCGGACUUACCUCUCCAGACACAACUUUUGGACUAUCACUACUUGGACAUUUGUAUAUACACUGGUGGACACUCACAUUGGGACUUUUAUCAGCACACUAGGAUUCUUGGACUGUUUUAGG